ACCAUGGAGGACAUGAAGCUGGAGUUCCCCUCGCUCCCACAGUGCAGAGAAGAUGCUGAGGAGUGGACCUAUCCAAUGAGACGAGAGAUGCAGGAAAUUUUACCUGGAUUGUUCUUAGGUCUGUAUUCUUCUGCUAUGAAAAGCAAGCUAUCUAUACUACAGAAAUAUGGAAUAAUACAUAUAAUUUGCAUAAGACAAAAUAUUGAAGCAAACUUCAUUAAACCAAACUUUCAACAAUUAUUUAGAUAUUUUGUCUUGGAUAUUGCAGAUAAUCCAGUUGAAAAUAUAAUACGUUUUUUCCCCAUGACUAAAGAAUUUAUUGAUGGGAGCUUACAAACUGGAGGAAAAGUUCUUGUCCAUGGAAAUGCAGGAAUCUCCAGGAGUGCUGCCUUUGUUAUUGCAUACAUAAUGGAAACAUUUGGAAUGAAGUACAGAGAUGCAUUUGCCUAUGUUCAAGAAAGAAGAUUUUGUAUUAAUCCUAAUGCUGGAUUUGUUCAUCAACUUCAGGAAUAUGAAGCCAUCUACCUAGCAAAAUUAACAAUACAGAUGAUGUCACCACUCCAGAUAGAAAGGUCUAUCUGUUCAUUCUGGUACCACUGGCAGUUUGAAGAGAACACACGAAGAUGGUGAUGAUUUUGGAAACAUGCAAGUGGUGACUGCACAGAAUAGCUGACUCCAGCAACAUUAUAGAGGAUGUGAAUUUCUAUUUGGGAAGCAUAAAAUAUUAGACAUAGUAAUAAUGUAAAAUGGUAUAAACAAAGUAGUCCCUUUUCAAUUAUAUAUUGCUUCCAAAUCUGUUUCUCUGCAACUUGUCAAGCAACAUUUUAAGAUGUUGGACUUCUGCAACAGAUGGCACUGAAGGUUUUACUCUUUUUUUUUUUUGACAUGUUACAGUUUUAUUAUUAUUAUAAACCAAGAAUUUUGGACUUGCAAAGAGGUAUUGCAAUAAUGCACUUUUCAUACUUGAAAUUUAUUUGUGUGAUAUAAAGUUAUUUACUUUAAACAAGAUGCAAGCUAGGAGGGAUUUAUUUAUAAAAUCUGGGUAAUUUAUAGCAAAAGAAUUUACUAAAGUUCGCUAAAAAUCAUUUUGUGUUCUAUAUAUUACAUUUUAAACUAAUUUUACAGUUCAGUUUUAUGAUGGAGCCUCUUACAGAAACAUUAAUGCAGGAAUCUGCCACAUUUCUUCUUUAGUACAAUUCAAUAGCUUAAUUACCCUUUUAUUUUAAACUUAUUAAUCCCUUAUUAAUAAUCUUUAAAUCAUGAUAUUAGCCAACUAUGCUUACUUUAACAUGAUCCAAGUAUUGCCUCCGUUCCUAUUACUUUCGUAAUUUUUUUCCUAGAAAAUAGUUUAAUGAACAAAAGAAUAUACUUUGCUUCAUAAUACCAGAUUCUCGAAAAUGAGUUUUAGGUUUUCAAGUGACUUUCCUUUUUUGCAUUUCUUCAAAGCCAAAUGUUGUGUUUGUUCUUUUUAGAGUUGCUUAGCCCAUUUUUUUGUUUUUUGUCCAAGAUGGUUCUAAGUCGACCAUAAGAAACCAAUGUAGCACUGUUUUUCUCCAAAUGAAGCCCAAAAAAGAAAAGUGCCUUGCAUCAUU